CCAUUGUCAUCAAUAAUAAUACUAUAUAUAUAUAAGAGUGGAUGGAUGAGCAGUGUUUGUUUGUUUGUUGUUGUUGUUGUUGCCUUUUAACAGUACGAAGUGUAGAGUGACGAACGCGCUCACGUUGGCUGCUAAUGAGAUGUGCUGACGUCACAGCUUGUGGGCAGGAGGAAAGAGAGAGAGAGAGAGAGUGAGAGAGAGAGAGAGAGCAGAGCAGCCAGCAGGGGGAAAGAAGAGGCACCAGGCGCACACAGGGAGAGAAAAAGUUGGCGAAAAGGAGCUGGAGCUGGAGCAGCUCGCGCUGUGACUCGGUUUCUAUGCGCGAGGAGCGUUCUGGGGAGGCUUCGAGCUUCGUGCCGGAGUAGGAGCGACCCGAGGAGACGAGAAAGAGAGAGAGAGAGCGAGAGAGAGAGAGAGAGAGAGAGAGAGAGAGGAGAGGAGAGAGUGGAGAGAGACAGACACACACAGAGAUGGAGCUGUACUGCCUCGAGGCAGACUCUGUGAUCAGAGCCCGUCCAGACCCGAACCUGCUGGCCGACGACAGGGUCCUGCAGAGCCUGCUGACCAUCGAGGAGCGCUUUCUGCCCCAGUGCUCGUACUUCAAAUGCGUGCAGAAGGACAUCCAGCCCUUCAUGCGGAGGAUGGUGGCCACCUGGAUGCUGGAGGUCUGUGAGGAGCAGAAGUGCGAGGAGGAGGUCUUCCCUCUGGCCAUGAACUACCUGGAUCGUUUCCUGUCUGUGGUUCCGACCCGAAAGUGUCACCUGCAGCUGCUGGGCGCCGUCUGCAUGUUUCUGGCCUCCAAGCUAAAGGAGACUCGGCCGCUCACUGCGGAAAAGCUCUGCAUCUACACCGACAACUCCAUCAGACCACAGGAGCUGCUGGAAUGGGAGCUGGUGGUGCUGGGGAAGUUGAAGUGGAACCUGGCUGCCGUCACUCCGAACGACUUCAUCGAACACAUUGUGAAGAAGCUGCCCCUGCCUGAGGAUAAGCUGGACCUGAUCCGCAAGCAUGUGCAGACCUUCAUCGCCUUGUGCGCAACAGAUUUCAACUUUGCCAUGUACCCUCCAUCCAUGAUCGCCACAGGCAGCGUGGGAGCAGCAAUCUGCGGCCUGCAGCUCAACAGCACAGACCGUUCGCUGUGGGGGGACAGUCUUACAGAACUGCUGGCCAAGAUCACAAACACAGAAGUUGACGUGCUGAAGGCGUGUCAGGAGCAGAUUGAGCGUGUGCUGAUGAACAGCCUGAGGGAGGGCCGCCGGCAGCAGCACAAGCAGCAGCAGCAGGAUCAGGGCCCGCGCAACAAAGCCCUGGACGACCAGGACCAGUCCAGCACCCCCACCGACGUACGGGAUGUCAACUUGUGAGCUCGCAGAAGGAGCGGCGCCUGGAUCUGGAUCCGUCUUCUAAAGGAAAAAAAAAAACAACAAAAAACAAAAAUGACAAAAAAACAAACAACCCCAUCAAAAAGUGCUUGCUAGUCUUUGUAGUUUUUUUUAUUCUUUUUUUUUUCAAUGAAAAAAAAAGUUCCCUGUACAUUACGAAAUCAAAGAUAUUUUAGAUACGAAAUAGAUAUUUUUGAAAUGAAUUGAUACUGAUGCAAAAAUCUCUAUGGUGCCUCAGAUUCAGAAGGGAAGCCUGUAGUAUUUUGCAAACUAUUUUUGAUUAUAAACAAAAAGGUGUAUUACAAAAAAAAAGCUGUAGUUUAAAAAGGCUUUUUUAAA